UGGCUCGUUCCAGCUUCCGCACAACGCAAAAGUUUCCUCGGAAGGGGCGCCGACCAUGCUCCGACGCCACGUCAAGAGCUCGACCAAGAAGACGGCCAAGACGCGCAGACUCAUGGAGGACCUCCGCGAGUCCGGCGACGGCACGUACAUCAUUCACACCAAGCGCCACGGCGACGUGCUGCACUCAGACCUCGAGUACUACGCCAAUGACGGCACCUACGACGACGGCGCGGCCGGUGAUGCGUACGACCUUCAAGAGCCCAUCGGGUGGCUCAACUGCGAGUGCUUUCUCUCGCUGCUGCUCGUCGGUGUCCUCGUCGCGCUGCCGUUCAACCUCCAUAGCACCAAAGAUUUGCUCCAGUCGCGCGAAACGUACCUCUUCCAGGCCGCCGAGAUGGUCAAGGUCGGCGCGUGCGACGACGCCAUCAUGCUCUACGAACGCGCGCUCGUCGUGCAAGAAAAUGCCUUUAUCCACAACCAAUUAGCCGACGCGCUCUCCAAGUGCGGUCGCACCAACGACGCACUCGACCACUACCUCAGCGGCAUCCGCCUCGAAGAGACCCAUCGAAGAAAGGUGCCGUCGCUCAUCUCGAUGGGCGACCUGUACCAAAAGAUCGGCGAGUACGCGCUCGCCGUCAAGAGCUUUGACACGGUCGUUCUCAUCCUCGGCGACUCGAAAGAAGCCAAGUCCAGUGAGCUCGGCGAGAUUCACAUGAAGCUCGCCAAAGCAGCCACCGGCUUGGGCGACUACGAACAGGCGCUGCGCGCGUAUGCGUCCGCGACGUCACUUGUCUCGGGCAACGCCCUCGUCGCCGAGGUUUACUAUCGCAUGGGCCACUGCGCCAGCAUCCUCGGGCGCAUGGACGUCGCCGUCUCGUCGCUCAAGAAGGCCGCGGCGAAGGCCCCAUCGAGUCAAAAGUCUCUGUACUUGCACGAACUCGCCUACGCUUAUUUCGAAAGCGGCGAUUACGAAAAAGGCAACGACGGGCUCAGCCGUCUCUUUGCCAUGCAGUCCAUGUACCCCGAAGACCGGUACGUCAAGGCGGCGUUCCACGACCACGGGUUUCCACCGACGCACCGGGCACCGACGCAGUACGUCUCGACCACGUUCGAUAUGCACGCGCACCGGUCGGUCCACCUCGCGUCGGACGCAUUCGACUCGUUUGUCGCAUUUCGCCAGCUCCACGGUCUCUUCUUCGUGGACGACGCGCCCACACGCAUCGCCGAAGUGCUGCAAGCCAAGCUCGGCGUGACGCCGGGGGACCACUGGCUUGACAUUGUGGACUUUGGCACUGGCGCCGGCGUUGCAGUUCGUCCGUUCCAGCCACUCGCCAACUACAUUUUGGGUAUCGACCUCUCGGCCGCGUCGGUGGAGCUCGCGCGCCGCAGCGGCCUCUACGACGAGCUCCAGGUUGGCGAUCUCUUGACGGUCACCGCGACGCUGCCGACUACGAGCUUUGACGUUGUGCUGGCCAUGAACAGCGCGCCGUACUUCGGUGACCUGCGCCCGGUAUUCGAGCGAGCACAGCGCUUGCUUCGCGUGGGCGGUCUCCUCUGCAUCAACAUUGAUCAGCUUGACGACAAUGAAGCAGCGCCGUACACUCUGCGCUUUACGGGUCGGUACGCUCACGCGCCCGAGUACCUCACCGAGCUCGCAGCCGAGAUGCAUCUGGAGGUAUUCCACCACGAAGUGCUUUAUGACGUCCAGAGCGUCGGGCAGUCCGUCGCGGGCUCGGUGGUCGCCUUGUCGCACCCGAGAACGGUGGCCAGUGACCUCUAUCUCUUGCGCAAGACCAAGGACGACCUCUCGACCAUGUAAUCUAGUCGUGUCCUCAGCCCGAAGCGUCAAGUUGGCGCCACAGGAACGAGUAGGAAGAGCACGAUGACGCCGACAAAGGUGGAGGUAGUGGUUUCGCCGCAAGAAGAAUGUCCAAUUGGGCUAUGAAGGCGCUGCGGAAAUGGCUAGGAACCGCAGCGAGCUGGUAUCGGUCGUUGUUGCUCACAGGUGCUGCUGUUGGUCCUCGAGCGUGUUACCUGCGAUCGCAGCCGUCUCGUGUGUGCUGCUAGUAUUGCUAGUACGCGGGUGCCUCCACGGCAUUGACCGACAAAGCAGGCAUGCUUGGUAGUGACCCGAGGCCGCAGUACACCACACAGGACGUCGAGGACCAACACGCCCCAUCACCAUCCGCCUCCGCUCGUUCCAAAGGCUCAAUGAAUGUAUAUCUUCUCCGUGACCAGCGCUUGGACCCGACGCACGCUGGACGGACGCGACU